AUGAUCUUCACUGGAAGCUGCAUGUGUGGUAAAAUCAAGUACCAGGCUGAUGCUGAACCUGCAGCUAAGGCGGUCUGCCACUGUAUCAACUGUCAGAAGUUCAGUGGAUCUGCAUUCACUACCAACUUGAUCAUUCCACGAUCCUCUUUUAAGAUUCUGUCCGGUAGCCCGAAAUCUAGCCAGUACAUGGCGGACUCAGGAUAUGCCUACCAUACGUUUUUCUGUGGGGACUGUGGAUCGUCCCUGUACGGUCAACCUGACUCAUUGCCAGAGAUGAUGUCAAUCAAAGCUGGCUCACUUGAUGGGGGGGCAGCGAGUUUGGAGGGCGAGAAAAUUGACGCCGAGGCCUUUGUACAGAGACGCGUCGCUUAUCUCAAGCCGAUUGAGGGGGCAAGCCAGGUCCACGGCAUGAUUCAGGCGUAA